AUGGUCCAUUACUACGAUUCGAUAUCGCCCGACCUCCAAGAAUGGAUAAUGAAGCAGCCCUGUUUCUUUACAGCCUCGGCUCCCUUGCAUGGGCGCCACGUCAACCUGUCGCCCAAAGGACUGCCCUCCACAUCUUUUAGUGUCCUGACCCCUAACCUGGUUGGGUAUGUAGAUGCUACCGGAUCUGGUAUCGAGACCGUUUCGCACAUCCAAGAGAAUGGCCGAUGUACGAUCAUGUUCUGCUCCUUUGAUGCGAGUCCCCGUAUCAUGCGCCUUUUCUGCACCGGUCGCAUUGUCCCGUGGGAUCAUCCUCAGUUCAAUGACUGGCGGCAGCGCAUGGGCAACAAGCACUUUGAAGGCAUGCGUGCUGUGAUUCUGCUGGACGUCUGGAAGGUCCAGACAUCCUGUGGCUACGCGGUGCCUUACCUAGCGCUCAAGCCAGAUCCAGAAGAUUCAUCCAAACAAGUCCCAUAUCUAGAGGACCGACAAACCCUCGGCCAUUGGGGCAAGAAGCAAAUCUCGAACGGCAUCAUGAACGAUUACCGCGCUAAGAUGAAUUCUAGGUCGCUCGAUGGCCUGCCAGGCCUUCGAGUCGCGCGCAAGGACAUCGGCGAGUCACUAUGGCUGCGCGAUGUGGAAGCACAAGUGAAGAAGCGCAAUGGAGCUCAGCUGGGCCUUGUUGCUCUCCUGUCCGCUUGUUUGACCAUACUUACGAUGUACCUGCUUGGUUGCGUUUCCUUUCCAGAUUUGGAGCGCUGGGCUCAGUCAUAUGCCCGCUACUAG